AAUUUCCUGUUGGAAAUGGGAGCAGGGGGUUGAGUUGCGAAUGUGUGGACAGUCUGUGUGAUCAGCGCAGUUUUCAGGAUGUGGUGAGAGAGGGAGGUACGGUCUCUUCCCAGCUGAGAAAGGAGGGAGUUUGACAUACGCCAUGCAGCACAAACCUCGCGUUUCCGAACUGAAGGAUUACUGAUGCCACACACGGAAACCAGAGGGAGCCCAGCAAACGACAGCUGACAGAAGUAGCUCAACACAGCCCCCUUUUACAGGGGGCAAGCAAGGGAAGGCACUGCUGUGGAGGCAUCUGCAAAGUGUUUGGAUCAAUCGAUGUAACCUUAACCAAGAGGAAAGGUUUACCAGGAAAGUAAUUAUGGCAGCGUCCGAGCUCUUAUCUGGCCGCAACUAAUUUAAAACAGGAAAAAAAAAACGUGGGUGUUUCAAAGUGUUUUGUAGUCGGGGGGAAGGCAACGCCGCCAACAGUGUAGAAUACUUUUGCGAUUGUUUUCUUGUGAGCAGCUGGUUUUGAAACUUUUUGGAAAGGGGCUGGAGAUGAGUGGCGAAACCACAAACAACGCGCCGCACGACGCAGGAAAAGAGGGGCAAAGCGAAGCCACCAGCCCGGCGGACUCCGCACCGGGAGCCCCGGUGGAGGGUGCCGAGGAGCCGCAGUCCACCGCCGUAGAUCUUACGCAGGCGUUGUCGGGGUUCGCCAAGACGUUUGUCAUCAUUUUUCCCAUCUACGUCUUGGGGUAUUUCGGGUUCAGCUUCAGCUGGGUGCUGAUCGGACUGGCGGCGUUCUUCUGGUGGAGGAGAAAUAAAGGAAGUAAAUAUUCCCGACUUAACCGGGCUUUGGCUUUCUUGGAGCACGAAGAGAAGACUGUUAGGCAGAGUCUGCCAACUUCUGAGUUACCACCAUGGGUUCACUUUCCAGAUGUAGAAAGAGUAGAAUGGUUGAACAAGACAGUGAAGCAGAUGUGGCCCUACAUCUGUCAGUUUGUAGACAAGCUGUUCCGGGAGACGAUAGAGCCUGCAGUCAAAGGGGCCAACGCCCAUCUCAGCACCUUCUGCUUCACCAAAAUCGACAUGGGGGACAAGCCCCUGAGGAUAAAUGGUGUUAAAGUUUACACUGAGAAUGUGGACAAGCGUCAGAUAAUCAUGGACCUUGAGAUAAGCUUUGUGGGAAACACUGAAAUUGACGUCGAUAUCAAAAGAUACUAUUGCAGAGCUGGCAUCAAAAGCAUACAGCUUCAUGGGGUAAUGAGAGUUGUUAUGGACCCCCUGCUUGGAGACAUGCCUUUGAUUGGAGCUCUUUCCAUCUUCUUUCUAAAGAAGCCUCUGCUGGACAUUAACUGGACAGGCCUCACAAAUAUGUUGGACAUUCCUGGAUUAAAUGGCCUGUCGGACAGUCUCAUCCAAGACAUAAUCUGCAGUUACCUGGUUCUUCCCAACCGGAUCACAGUUCCUUUGGUAGGGGAUGUACAACUUGCCCAGCUCCGCUUUCCCUUGCCGAAGGGGGUCCUGCGGGUGCACUUUCUGGAAGCUCAGGAUUUAUUGGGAAAGGAUAAAUUCCUCGGAGGGCUCAUCAAGGGGAAGUCGGACCCUUACGGUGUCAUUCAGCUUGGCAACGACCAAUUCCGGAGCAAGACAGUGAAAGAAAACAUCAAUCCCAAAUGGAAUGAAGUUCGGGAGUUUUUGGUGUAUGAGCACUCAGGACAGCACCUGGAGAUUGAGCUGUUUGAUGAAGACCCUGAUGAAGACGAUUUUCUUGGCAGUCUGAUGAUUGAUUUGACUGAGCUUCACAAGGAGCAAAAGGUUGAUGAGUGGUUUAUAUUGGAAGAGGUCAACACUGGAAAGUUACACCUCAAACUCGAAUGGCUCACACUGCUUUCGACUCCUGAAAAGCUAGAUCAGGUGUUGGCAGGUCUUAAAGCAGACAGAGGCCAAGCCAAUGAUGGCCUUUCAUCAUCACUGCUAGUCGUUUACCUGGAUUCUGCCAGAAGUCUGCCUAGUGUCUUCGAGGGGAACUUUGGGUGUGGAUACUUAAAAGAGAGGAGAGCUUCGGGCCUAGUCUUUUGUGAAAAUACUACCUCACUCUAUAGAACAUUAUUUCGCAAUCCAUUAGAAUUUAACCAUGAGGGGUUGAAGAAAGCCUCAGUGAAUAAGGCCCUGAAGUCUGCUAAGAAAGUGAGCAGUGACCCAAGUCCAUUUGUUCAGCUGUCCGUUGGUCACAAAACCAAGGAAAGCAAGAUCCGAUAUAAAACCCAUGAGCCUGUUUGGGAGGAAGCUUUCUCUUUCCUUAUUCACAAUCCAAAAACACAAGAGCUCUGUGUUGAGGUGAAGGAUGAAAAGCACGAGUGCAGCUUAGGCAACCUGACCAUUCCUCUUACCCAUCUGCUGGAGGCUGAAGACAUGACACUGCACCAGCGCUUCCCGCUGAAGAACUCGGGCCCCAACUGCACCCUUAAGAUGAAGAUGGCCAUCAAAAUUCUUUCCCUGGAGAAACAGACCACUUCAGACCAGCCAUCUUCGGUCCAGGUGAAGAAGGCUGGGUUUAACAACAAAGAUGGUAACAAGGCCCAACCACAGAAGCCUCCGGUCACACCAACCUGGACCCCCGAAUCGCCCAACCCAAUCUCAAACCUGCCUCCCUCAGCUUCGGCCUCGGCCUUUGACCUUCACAGAAGGCCCGAGUAUCCUGAACAGGGCCUUCCAGGAAGCCCACAGAAGCAGUCUAGUUAUUCUACUAGAAGUACCAGCAACCUGGUCAUCUGCAGCUCUCAUCCUCACCUGGCAGGAAAGGAGUCUACACCCAGCAUCGCCUCUGACAUCUCCCAGCCCUUUGCCACCCAAGAGCUACAGCAAAGACUUCGCCAGCUUCAGAAUGGAUCGGCUGCAAACCAUUAUCCUUUGGGUCAAGUCCAGCUGACCGUCAGGCACAGUUCUCAAAGGAAUAAACUGAUUGUAGUGGUGCAUGCUUGCCGCAACCUCAUAGCGUUCACCGAGGAUGGGUCAGACCCUUAUGUCCGGCUGUAUCUGUUGCCUGACAAGAGAAGAACCGGCCGGAGGAAAACCCACACAAUGAAGAAGACGCUAAACCCAGUAUAUGAUCAGACGUUCGAAUUCAGUGUUUCCCUAGUCGAACUGCACAGGAGAACUCUGGAUGUAGCGGUGAAGAAUGGAGGAGGCUUGCUGUCAAAACACAAAGGACUUCUUGGGAAGGUUUUAGUAGAUUUGACUAGUGAAGAUAUAACCAAAGGAUGCACACAAUGGUUUGACCUUACUGAGGACGGCUCAAGAUCAACACUUCAAACCUAGAAUAUAUGUGUCAAAUCAAAAUUUUAAUGCACCUUCCCCAAGCCUGCUUUUGGUCUUCUUCUUAAUAUUAUCAAAUUAAACCAGCAUUAUUUUUAUAGCUAAUUAUUUUAGCCAAUGCACACAUCUUUUUUUUUUCAUUUAAUGUUUUAAUACAAUCAACCUGUAAUUGUAAAUGCUUUGACAUUUUCCAAGGGAUAGCAUCUCUGUGCUAUGUUCCCUUUUUUAAACAAUAAUCAGUUAUGUGCAAUAGAUAUAAGAAAGCAUGUGGUGUUAAAAUGCUUAAAAAGAAAAGAGGAGUGUAAAAAUAUUUUUGCUGUGUUUCUUACAGCUGAUCUCCUGCCUUGUUUUUCUAUGUCAUUAAUGUACAACUUGUAAAUAUGUAACAUGACGUAAUGCCAUUGGAAAAGUUUAACAAUGAAAAAGGAGGGAAAUAGUAUUUUUCUUGUUUAAAUGGCAGGUAAACCUUUAAACAUUUUGCUUUAGAAUAUAGUGCUACAGGUUGAUAUAUUUUUCAUUUAGCUGAAGAACACUAGCUGCCAAAGAGACAAGUAUUUCAUUUUAUUGCCUAUGUGGGUUUUAAGCCAAAUAUAUACACGGUGUUGAUCAAAGGUUUGGGUUAUUUUGUAGUAAAAUAGUUUAUUUGUUUUUUUGGUGUUUUUUGUAACAUACUGUAUGCAUACUGUAUGGCCAUAUUUACAGUACGUUUGGAAAUGUUGCCAUGUUGGAAAAAAAUAUUAUAUCGACCAAUGAAAUGAUUUCUGGUUUAACUGCAUGGUGCUGUACUAUCAGCUUGUGUUCUUCGUCCUUGGUUAGCUUUCCUUCCCCCCCCCAAUGUCAAAAACCGAGUACCACCCCAAAAAUGGUCUUGUAUUCCUUUUUGUGCUUCAGAGGUGGCUGUAGACGUUCAGCAUAGUGUUCACCAACUGUCUUUAUAGCAAACAGGCAUAGUUGAGAUCCAGACAUUUUCCAAUUAAUGUUUUGGGGAUUUUGCGCAAAUGUACAGUAAUACAUUUUAAUUUAGAAAGAACACCUGACAUUGAUUUCAUAACAUUAAUCCUGGCUUUAUGAACCUGCACCGCUAGUGUUGUUCUUCUGCUAAAACACAUGUUCACAUUGGUUGCCGCCUCGGCCGACAGCUACUGCCUUCACGUUUUUGCCAGGCCCCCAUUUCCUUUUCUGACCCUCAGUGAUAUGGUUUUUCUGGACAAGUAUAAUGUAGUUUAAUAAUGAGAUUCAAUUUUGUGUCCACCAUUGGGAAGCCAUCGUCUCUAAGUUUCUAAAUCAGUGUAUAUUGUUAUAGUAUAAUUUUCUUUUGCAGUAGAAUUAGAAAUGGUGUGGGCAUUUCACAAUUGUUAACAUCAAGUAAGACUCAUUCUGAACUUAUUUUUGGGGGUCAGUUUUUUUUAAAACAAAUUACAGGGCUUUUUGAACAGAGUAAAGCAGUUUUCAUAAACACUUUACUGUUGUUUCUACAUUUAUGUAACUAAAGCAACAGCUUCUUAAUAAUGUAGGUAGUGUGGGAAAUCUGUCAUUCUCAUAUAAACAACAAAUGUACUCAAUAACAAGAACCCAAACUUUUGCUCAAUACUACAAUGUAAUUUAUAUCUACAUAUACAGUAUGUAUGCCUGUUCCUGCUAAUCUUUUUCCUAUUUUAUUCAUGAAGAGGUAGUUUUGUUUAAUUCAUUAUUGUUUGCUUUUUUCUAAAGGAAUCCCGAAGAUAUUUUUUCAGACUUCACAAGAUUAUGAUAUACAAUAGCUGUGCUGUAGUACUGCUGUAGAUGCCUCCAGUUGGUGAUUUCAAGCCUGUUGUAUUCACAAUAAGAGCUAAACCGUUUCAAAGGUGUCUGGCAGCACCUUUCUUCAUGAAAAUAGUAUUUUAGAUUCUUGGCUUUUGAUCCAUACAAGCAGGGCGGAUUCUUAAGACUCCUGACAUUUCAAGUUUGCAUUGAGAAUCCCUGGGCUGCAAUUAAGGGUGAAUGUAAGUCUAUUUAGUAUAAUAUAAAUGUAAAUUCACUAUUUUGGUGUGUGUCCAAAUCUUAGUUUAUUACAAACAGGCAUUUAUUCUGGCUGGCAUAAUAUUUAGAAUUGCUUGCAUAAUUUGUGUAAUAAAAUCAUAUUUAUUGGACAAAAAUAAGCAUAUGGAUAUGAACUGUAAUGCUCUUCUUUUUUUACUUUUUCCAGUGCUGUUUUUUUUUUUUAUUAUUAUUCGGACAACUUGUAUUUUCCUUUAAAGUGCAAUUUCCUCUGUGGGCCAUCGAAUGACAGUUGUCUCUGAACAUUCUGCAUUUCUUUCCAUGACCAGUUCCUUUGCCUUCACCCUUUACUUUAUUUAUCUUGUGCCUUAAAAAUAAAAAUGCUCAAAGAUGUAUAAGUAUGAGAACUUGGCAUAAAGAACUUUUCAAAGUUUCCAUGUUUCAGAAUGUCUCUUCACAACUUUGAAAUAAUAAAGAGCUAUAUCUGCAGUA